AUGAAUGUGCUAUCAAGAAUUCUAUACAAGGCUACUGAAAGAGGUAUUUUUGGCUAUCACCCUCGCUGCAAAAAGGUUGGUCUAACCCAUCUUUCUUUUGCUGAUGACCUUAUUAUAUUCUGUAAAGGAAAUGUUGAAUCUGUUGUUGGUGUUAUAAGUGUUUUAGACUACUUUUAUGAAAUUUAUGGCCUCAAGUUAAAUGCCUUUAAAUGUGAACUCUUUGCUGUUGGUAUCUCUUCUAGUAAACUUGAGGAUAUCAAAAUGAUUACUGGAUUUAAUCAAGGUUGUCUGCCAGUAAGAUACUUAGGAGUUCCCCUGGUUACUAGAAAACUUUCUGAUAAAGAUUGUGUGGCUCUUAUUGACAGCAUCAGGUCACGAUUGAGCAGUUAUGCUCUUGAUUUUUCUGGAAAGGUUCAGAUAAGGCAGCAACAGGUGCAAGAGUUAGUUGGGAGAAGUUAUGCCUCUUGA